GACGAAGUCGCGGCGCUAGUUCUGUCCGUCGGCCACACAUGGACGCAGGCUGGAUAUGCAGGCGAGGAUACACCAAAAUCUAUUUUCCCAACGUCAGUAGGUUGGGCUGUGCGUGGCAAGUAUUAUGUCGGCGACGGAGAAAUCAGCUGCUGGAGACCAGAUAUGGAGAUCAAGUCGCCUAUUAAGGAUGGUCUUGUCGAGGACUGGGAUGCACUGGAGCAGAUCUGGGACCACGCCUUUUUGAAAAGACUUCGCUGCAAUCCCGCGGAACAUCCACUGAUCAUUACAGAGUCCGCAUGGAAUACACGCGAGAUUCGUGAAAAACUGACUGAACUGGCGUUUGAAAAGUACAACUUUCCAGCAUUUUUCGUCGCCAAGGACGCCGUCAUGACUGCAUUCGCCGCAGGACGCCCACAUGCGCUAGUUGUGGAUUCUGGUGGAGAUAUGACGAGUGUGGUGCCCGUGUAUGACGGAUAUGUUCUUCGCAAAGGAAUUAUGCGACAAGCAUUGGGAGGCGACGUUCUCUCGGAGCAGGUCCUGCAGCAGUUCCAGGCCACCAAUGUCGAUGUCGUCCCUCAGUAUCUGGUCGCCAAAAAAUCGCCCGUGGGACCAGGACACAAAGCGAACGUUGUGUUGAGAGACCGCCCUGCGACAGCCAGCUUCCACAAGAUGAUGCAAAUGCGUGUUAUUCACGACUAUAAGGAGUCUGUAUGCCAGGUCUCCGAGUCGACUUAUAACGAGCAAAAUAUCUUGGCGAGACCACAAAAGCCAUACGAGUUGCCAGACGGAUAUAAUCUUAACUUUGGAGCGGACCGAUUUAAGAUCCCAGAGAUCAUGUUUAAUCCCAAGGACUUUUUGAAGAACCCGACACCAGAGCAGGAGAACUUUGUUGGAUUGCCCAAACUCAUCUUCAACAGUGCUCAGUCUUGCGACAUUGAUUUCAGGCCCACGCUCUUCAGCAAUGUUGUAUUGACUGGCGGUAACACUCUCUUCCCUGGAUUUGCAGACCGCCUGCACUGGGAGCUCAACAGCAUACCCCACUCAUACAAGGUCAAGUUGCAUGCGCCAGGAAACACUGUGGAGCGCAAGUGCGGAAGCUGGUUGGGAGGAUCUAUUAUGGCCUCGCUGGGCACCUUCCACCAGCUCUGGAUCUCUCGAAAGGAGUACGACGAGACUGGAGCGAGCAUCGUUAACAAGAAAUGUGUGUAG